UGUCGCAGUUCUCGCGAUAUUUUAUUUGUCAGCAUGGCGGCUAGCAGGAGCGGAGAUGGCGGCGGCGCUAAAGAAAGUGCGACUUCUGUAAAUAAAGAUGCAGAUUCAGAGACAGCAGAGUUUUGCCCGGGUUUUAAAGACGUGGAUGCUUUUGUUAAGUAUGGACUCGGCUCUAUCAUGGCUGCUACUAAAGCAUCUGCGGGUUUGCCACAAGCAGGAGACGAAUAUGACUUUUACCGGAGCUUUCCGGGCUUCAGGGACUUCUGUUCAGUGCAAGGAGACCGACUUUUACACUGUAUGAGUCAGCUGAUGCAGCACCAUGGCUGCAGAUCUCAGUUGAAAGACCAGAACAAGCUGACUGGCCUGGAGGAGCGCUUUGACAUGGUGGUCGACUCCAAUGAUGUCAUCCUGGAGAAAGUGGGAAUUUUGCUGGACGAGGCGUCUGGAGUGACCCGGUCGCAGCCUGUUAUGCCUGCAGGCUAUCAGCCUCCCAAAAUUGUUGUGUCUAGUUGGAAUCGCAAGGGAGGAGACCGCAGUGCCGAGACCUUCCGCCUCCUUCACGCCAAGAACAUUCAGCGGCCGCAGCUAAAGUUUAAGGAGAAAGUCGACAACAGCAACACGCCGUUCAUCUCUAGAAUCUUCAUCAAGCCCAACGCAUUAAAGCCCCUGGCUCCAUAUUUUAGUAACAAACGCCUGCGGAAGGAGAGGUCAGAGGAGUCAGAUGUCCCCGUAGCACUAGCUGACUUUAUCCACCAGCUGAGAGCACAAGAGCACACGGAAGACAUGUUUUCUCAUCCUUACCAGUAUGAGCUGGACCACCUGGUCAUGCCGGAGAGUCUCAAGAGUAAACCUGAACCGCAGAUGUAUAAAGCUCUAGCAGAGACGACUUGCCAGUUCAUCAACAACUUGGAGGAUCUGGCUGCUUUAAACGAGAAGCUGAAUAAGACCACAGAGUUCGCUGUGGACCUGGAGCACCAUUCCUACAGAAGCUUUUUGGGAAUCACGUGCUUGAUGCAAAUCUCCACCAGAGAAGAGGAUUUCAUCAUCGACACCCUCGAGCUGCGGAGCGAGAUGCACAUUCUGAACGAGAGCUUCACCAAUCCCAGCAUUGUGAAGGUUUUCCAUGGCGCUGACUCGGAUAUUGAGUGGCUGCAGAAAGACUUCAGCCUUUACGUGGUCAACAUGUUCGAUACUCACCAAGCUGCUCGCUCACUCAACCUCGGCAGAAACUCGUUAGAUCACCUCCUCAAAGUCUUCUGCAAUGUGGACUCGAAUAAACGCUACCAGCUCGCCGACUGGAGAAUACGACCCUUACCAGAGGAGAUGAUCAAAUAUGCCCAGGCUGACACACAUUACCUGCUCUAUGUGUAUGAUCGACUAAGAGCGGACCUGUUCGACGCGGCUAACGGACAGUCAUCACUCGUACAGCUCGUCUGGUCCAAAAGCAAAGAUCUCUGCCUAAAGAAAUACAUGAAGCCCAUCUUCACUGAGGAAUCGUAUAUGGAGCUGUACAAAAAGCAGAAGAAGAGCUUCAACAGCCAGCAGUUAACCGCCUUCCGUCUCAUGUAUGCGUGGAGGGAUAAACUGGCAAGAGAGGAAGACGAGAGCACUGGGUACAUCCUACCCAACCACAUGAUGAUGAAAAUUGCCGAGGAGUUGCCCAAGGAGCCGCAGGGCAUCAUCGCUUGCUGUAACCCCACCCCGCCACUAGUGCGCCAGCAGAUCAACCAACUCCAUCAGCUCAUCAAGCAAGCGAGGGAAAUCCCACUGCUGAAGGCGGAGGUACUCGCUGAAAAGAAGAAAUCGCUGACACCUAAACGAAAGUCUGAGUCGACGUUGUUUGGGCCCCAUGACACCUCGCGUGUGUCCGAGAGUGACCUUAUGGAGAUCUCCUCUCAUGAAACCCCGACCAAACGUGGAGUGCUUUUCUCAGAGGAGGAGGAUGCAAAUCUUAGUGAAGACCAGGAGUCUCUGAAUGGUCUCAUAGCUUGUGCAAAAAUCUCCCUCUUUGCGGAGGAAGAGGAGGUGCGUGAAUCUGCUCACCUCACCGUGGCCCAGCAGAAAGCGCGCAGCAUCAUGGAGUCUUUUGAAAAUCCUUUCAGAAUGUAUUUACCAUCAAAGGAUAUACACAUCUCCAAGAAUGCUAAAUACGACCCUUCGUCAAAGAUUUAUGAGAUCAGUAAUCGGUGGAAGCUGCAGAGCAUCGAGCAGCAGCAGAAGGAGGUUCAGGCUAAACAGCAAGCCAAAGAGCAGGCAAAGAAAGCUAAAGAGGAGCGUAAAAAAGCCAAACAGGGCUAUCAGGAGUCCCUGCAGAGUGUCACGACAGUCAGGCAGCAGGUCCUGGAAGCAAAGCAAGGAGGACAGAAGAGAGAGAGGGUUACGAGUGAAGCUGGUGAAGAAACUUGCAAACCGAAGAAGAAAGCGUUGAAAACCGAGAAGUCCACCGCCGCGUCUCCUGCGACCUCUAAAGCGAGCCAGCAAGAAGAGUCUGAAGAUCCUCAACAGGCCCCGUCUGCUGCCUUCACACCUUACGACUACAGCCAGUCCGAUUUCAAAUUGUUUGCAGGUAAACCCAAAGACUCCACACACUUCGACCCAAACAGACAGGCUCCUGAACCCAGACGGAAGAAAAACCUGAGAGGAAAUAAGCAAAGUGCUGGUGGAGGCCGGAGCAUGUCCUACCUGCCUGCAAAAUCUGACAGAGGAUUUCGUCACAACUGGCCCAAAAGAUAAGAGUCUCUCCAGGUUUUGUUUUUUUAAUGUGGGUCAUUUUAGCUAUAUAUUUAUAUAUAGUACAUUUGGGGAAACGAUACACAAUGCUGUAUACAAAUUAUGGAAGACCUUUCAUUAAAAUUAACUUUCUAAAUAUUG